UUGUAUAAAGAAGAAUGCCUCUUUUUUCUCAGACGGAUAUGGAUGAGUGCCAACAAGUUCGUGCGAUGGCUACUUAUCCGAUUGACAGUGGAAUCUUAAAUUAGAUAAGAAUUCGUUUAAUGGAAUUGGCGAAAUCUGUCCAAGCGCAACAAGCUUGUCAAUGUCCCUCUGACCCUUAAUCUAUAUUACGAAACCCAACGACCCAAUUCUUCUGCGCGGUGUUCAAGACUCGAUCUGAAGCAUUCUCCGUCCAGCGAUGGCGUUUCAUGUGAGAAAAGCAACGAAGAUCAUCCCCCAUUUUAGAAACGGGAUGCGGUUCUUGGGUUCGCUUCGUGAAACUCCAUUUGCAGUUCAUAAGAUCGGAAACAAAGUUUUGGGGUUCGAAAAUAUGCUUAACCAUUUGUCUGCUCAUCGUUUCAAAUCGACGAAAGUGGAGAAACAAAUAGAUUCUGUCAACGAUGAUCGUGACAAUCAGGUUUUGAACUUUCCAGGAGGAAAGGUUAAAUUUACUCCUCAAUUGAGUUUUGUCCCUGAGCGCGAGGAGGAGCGGGUACCCUGCUUUCGUGUUCUUGAUGACAACGGCCAGCCUAGUAUGUUCAGUAAUUUUACACAGGUGAGCAAGGAGAUUGCUAUGAAGAUGUAUAAUGACAUGGUUACUCUUCAAACAAUGGACACUAUCUUUUAUGAAGCGCAAAGGCAAGGAAGAAUUUCCUUCUAUGUGACCUCCCUUGGAGAAGAAGCAAUCAACAUUGCUUCUGCUGCAGCAUUGUCAUUGGAUGACCUCAUUGUUCCACAGUACAGGGAGGCAGGAGUACUUGUAUGGCGCGGUUUUACUCUGAAAGAAUUUGCAAGCCAGUGCUUCGGAAACAAAUAUGAUUAUUGUAAAGGGAGGCAGAUGCCUGUCCAUUACGGGUCGAAGAGACACAAUUACUUUACUGUAGCAUCAACGAUCGCUUCUCAAAUCCCCCAUGCCGUUGGUGCUGCAUAUUCAAUGAAGAUGGAAAAAAGAGAUGCUUGUGCAGUCACUUAUUUUGGAGAUGGAGGAACGAGCGAGGGAGAUUUCCACGCAGCUUUAAAUUUUGCAGCAGUUUUGGAGGUGCCUGUGAUUUUUAUUUGCCGGAACAAUGGAUGGGCAAUCAGUACUCCCAUUUCAGACCAGUUUCGAAGUGAUGGGGUGGUUGUAAAAGGUCGGGCUUAUGGAGUUCGCAGUAUCCGUGUAGAUGGCAAUGAUGCACUUGCUGUAUAUAAUACAGUUCGAGCUGCUCGAAAAAUGGCAAUUCAAGAACAAAGGCCGAUUUUAAUUGAGGCUCUCACAUAUAGAGUUGGACACCACACGACAUCAGAUGACUCGACCAGGUAUCGUCCGGUGGAGGAAAUGGAGUGGUGGAGGGUUGCAAAGGACCCUGUCUCCAGAUUUAGGAAAUGGAUUGAAAGCAAUGGUUGGUGGAGUGAUGAGGCCGAAGCAGAGCUUAGAAGUAGCCUAAGAAAACAGCUAUUAGAGGAAAUUCAGUUGGCAGAGAGAUCCGAGAAGCCACCUGUGGCAGAUGCUUUCACAGAUGUGUAUGAUGUUCCUCCCUCCAACCUCGAAGAGCAAGAGAGAUGGUUAAGAAAAACAAUCAAAACACACCCACAAGAUUACCCAUCUGACUUUCCACUGUUGUAACCUGUCUUUAGGUUUUGAAACACUCUGAGAAAUAUGUGAAUUGGUGGCAGUGUCUAUGAAUAAAAGGACAUAAAGGCACCCUGAUGAAAUAAAGCAAGUCUUCCUUA